CGCGGCCGCCGCCGGUUUCCUUCGCCGGACCCCGUCCCGCUGGGACCCCGCGGCCACCCGGCUGGCCGCCCAGCUGGCCCCCGCUAGAGCCGUCCCGACUCAAACCCCCGGGCGAUUCGGGCGCUUUGCGAGGACGCCCCUUCCCGACGCCUCCGCUCCGAGGAGAGAGGCCAUGGCAGCCGUGUUCCUUCCCGGGAACCUCCAGGACGAGGCCACUUGCUCCGUGUGCCUGGAGUUCUUCAAGGACCCCGUGUCCAUCGAGUGCGGGCACAACUUCUGCCGGGCGUGCAUCGUCAAGAGCUGGCAGGACCUGGAGAUGGAUUUCCCGUGCCCGCAGUGCCGGGAGGUUUUCCAGCAGAAGAGUUUCCGCCCCAACCGGCAGCUGGCGAACAUGUCCGAGAUCAUCAGCCAGUUCACGCUGCGCGGGGCCAAGGGCGCCGAGGAGGACGGGCUCUGCCCCAAGCACCGCGAGGCGCUCAAGCUCUACUGCAAGGACGACCGCAGGACCAUCUGCGUGGUGUGCGACCGCUCCCGGGAGCACCGGCCCCACGCCGUGGUGCCCGUGGACGAGGCUUCCGAGGAGUACAAGGAGAAAAUCCAGGCGCGCUUGGAUUUCCUGAGGAAGGAGAGGCAGGAGCUGCUGGAGUUCAAAGUGAACGACGAUAAGAAAACCCAGGAGCUGCUGAAAACCAUCGAGACCGAGCGGCAGAAGCUGCUCUUGGACUUUGAGCGGCUGCGGCAGUUCCUGCACGACCAGGAGCACAUCCUGCUGGGGCAGCUGGAGAAGAUGGAGAAGAACAUCUCUAAGAGGCAGAACGAGAACAUCACCGACCUCUCCAAGGAGAUCACGCUCCUCAACAAGCUCAUCACCGAGCUGGAGGAGAAAAUCCAGCAGCCCAUGCUUGAGUUCCUCAAGGAUGUGAUGGGUGUCAUAAGCAGGAGCGAUGACGUGAAGUGCCACAAGCCUGUCCCCGUCUGCACCGACAUGAAGAUACAUGUCUGCAACUUCUCCCUCAAAACUGUCGUCCUUGAGAAGGUCUUGAAGAAAUUCCGAGAACACCUGCAGGACGAGCUGGGAAGAGGUGAAAAAGAGGACCUGACCCUGGACCCUGACUCUGCCAACCACCUGCUGAUCCUCUCCGCUGACCUCAAGAGCGUGCGGAUGGGCUGCAGGAAGCAGGAGCUGCCCGACAACCCCAAGCGCUUCGACACCAACUCGCGGGUCUUGGCCAGCACGGGUUUCAAGUCGGGGCGGCACUACUGGGAGGUGGAGGUGGGGCCCUCGGACGGCUGGGCCUUCGGCGUGGCCAGGGAGUCGGUCCGCAGGAAGGGGCUGACGCAGUUCUCCCCCGAGGAGGGCAUCUGGGCCGUGCAGCAGAACGGGGGCCGCUACUGGGCCGUCACCUCGCCCCAGCGCACCCCGCUGUGCCUCAGCCACAAGCUCAGCCGCGUCCGCGUCUACCUGGACUACGAGGGGGAGGAGGUUUCCUUCUACGACGCCGAGAACAUGCAGCACAUCUUCACCUUCAACGUGGCCUUCCAGGAGAAGGUGUUCCCUCUCUUUUCGGUCUGUUCCACUGUCACCUACAUCAAACUGUGCCCCUGAGGUGCCUCGGGGCGUGCCGGGGAAGGGCCCGGCCCCUGGGUGAGCUCAAGGGACUCGGAUCAGCCUGGCUUGGUGGGAUGCGGGCUGGGGGGUGGGCAGCCAGGUGGUCAGGAGAGCAUCGCAAGGAGGGUCUUCAGGGCAGGUGAACGCAGAGAGAUGUCCAGCGGUGCCCAGAAAUUGUGGUUGUCAGCUUAAAGAGGGGUUGUGGUCACCAGCUUGAAGGCUGUGGUCUCCAGCUCAAAGGUCGUGGUCAGCAACUCAAAGGCUGAGCCCAGCCCUGGAAAGGGUGACAAGCUCCGCCAGUCAGCGAGAAGGAACCUCCGGGAAGCUUUGGAGUGGCUCCUCCACCCCUUUGGAAGUGCCAGUGGCUGGGAAAUGGAGUAUUUCUGGGGUGAAUCACCUGUGGGAAAGGUGGGAUUGAGCAGGAGCCUUGGGACAUCCAUUCAAGGCAAAACUCAUCUGUUUGUCUACAGAAAAGAAAUCCAGUCAGAAAUUUCCUGGUUCCUUCUCCCACCUGACGUAAUAAUUGUCCCCCAGCAGCUGUUUUUGGGAUAUUGUGAGAGUUGUCUGAGCUGUCCCAGGUGACCACUGUCUGCCAGGUCUGAGUCUGACCUGUCCAGUUUUUGGCUGCUCUCCCUGUCUGGUUCUUCACCCACAGCUCCUCUGGAAGACUCUGGAAAGGUUUAAAAUGUUCUUUUUUUUGGAUUUUUGGGAUUUUUGGGAUGUUUGUCCUGCCGGCCCUGAGCAAGACCCACAUUUGUCCCUCUGGUGCUCCCGAGCUAAGGCCUCUCCAUGGACAAGAAGUUCACAAAAAGUUCACAAAAUAUCCCUCGUGGUUCUCACGCUUUGCGUGGAUUUAGGUGCUGAAUCUUGUGUUCCCUCAGGUUCUCAGCAAAAUCACCCAUUGAUCCUUAUCUCUUGGUUUUGUUUGUUUGUUUGUUUGUUUGUUUUCCCCUGGAAACUCUUGGUCUCUGCCAAGGAGCCAACGCUGAACUUGGAUUUGCUUUGUCCAUUCUAGUUUUGCCAAAAAAAAAAAAAAAAAAAAAAAAAAAGGUGCUUUAAAAAACAAUCAGUGUUUUAUUGCCUGAAGUGCUGGUAAAGCAGGGUUCUGGGGUUGGUCGGCUUUGGAACCUUUUCCACAAAACACAAAAAUCCUUAUAAAUCCUUUCAGGAAAUGACAGCCUUGGGGCAAGGUGGGGGGAAGGAUUAUUUGAUCCAUAAGAACUUUUCCUGGGUGGUUGGAGAUGAAGCAGAAACAUCCCAAAUUUUCAGCUGUUGUGUUGGUUCCUACCCUGAGAUUCAAAUGUAUAUAUUUUACUUAACGAGUUAGCUGGUAUAUCCCCAUUAUUUAAAGGUGCAGCAGUUCUUACAGAGAUGAAGCCACAAGCAGAGGAAUGAAACGUGUGGCUCUCGGGAGCUUCAUCCCCUGCUGAAGCAGCGCUGCUGAAGAAAUGACAGAAAUAAGUGAAAGUCCCUGGAAUAAGGAAGAUAUUCACAGGGCCAUGACUUUUCUGAUGUCAAAAUUGUGUUUGAUUUGAUUUGCAACCACCCAUGUGUGGGAAAUAAAACAUAAAGGUGCUACCUGGGCUCAUCUUCAUAUAUAUACAUUAGAUAUAUGUUUUUUUUAAAAAAAAUUUGUAUAAAUAUAUAUCAUGAUAUAUAUAUGUAUUUAUGUGUUGGGGUGAAGGCAUAUAAAAAUUAUAUAAUAGAACACAAUAC